AUGCAUAUGUUUGUUAAAUUAACUGAUUCAUCAACAAUUGAAUUUAGUUUUAAUGGAGGAGAAAUAUCAAUUCCAACAAAAAAUGGUGAAAGAAAAACAUAUUCACUUAAUAUAUCAACUGAAAAUAAAACACCUGAAGUAUUUCAAUGUAUUAAACAAAUAAAUCGAGAUCAAUUUGAAAGUUGUGCUCUUAUUGAACAAUGA